GUUUGGGAGGGGCGCUGCCUCCCGCGUGCCAGAAGGCGCUGGAGUAGCCUGGAGCCAUGCCGCCUCCUGUGGACAUUGUGAAAGUGGCUGUCGAAUGGCCAGGAGCCAAUGCCCAGCUGCUUGAACUAGACCAGAAAAGGCCCCUGGCGUCUGUGAUCAAGGAAGUCUGUGAUGGGUGGUCGUUGCCAAACCCUGAAUACUACACUCUGCGCUAUGCCGAUGGGCCCCAGCUGUACAUCACAGAACAGACUCGCUGUGAUAUUAAAAACGGGACCAUCCUGCAGCUGGCUGUCUCCCCGUCCAGGGCAGCUCGCCAGCUGAUGGAAAGGACCCAGUCACACAGUAUGGAGGCCCGCCUGGACGCCAUGAAGGAACUGGCCAAACUCUCCGCAGAUGUGACCUUUGCCACAGAGUUCAUCAACAUGGAGGGGAUCACGGUGCUGACGCGGCUGGUGGAGAGUGGCACCAAGCUUCUGUCCCAUUACAGUGAGAUGCUGGCGUUCACCCUGACUGCCUUCCUGGAGCUCAUGGACCAUGGCAUCGUCUCCUGGGACAUGGUCUCAGUGACCUUCAUCAAGCAGAUUGCAGGGUACGUGAGUCAGCCCAUGGUGGACGUGUCUAUUCUUCAGCGGUCUCUGGCCAUCCUGGAGAGCAUGGUGCUGAACAGCCAGACUCUGUACCAGAAGAUAGCGGACGAGAUCACUGUGGGGCAGCUCAUCUCUCACCUCCAGGUCUCAAACCAGGAGAUUCAGACGUACGCCAUUGCCCUGAUCAACGCCCUCUUCCUGAAGGCGCCUGAGGACAAGAGACAGGACAAGCUCCUUAACCCGCUAGACCUGCCUGUCACUGAAAUGGCUAAUGCGUUUGCCCAGAAGCACCUGAGGUCUAUAAUCCUGAAUCAUGUGAUCAGAGGAAACCGCCCAAUCAAAACCGAAAUGGCGCAUCAGCUGUACGUGCUGCGUAUGAUGACCAAGAUGGAUCCCAACGAUCAGGCACAGAGAGACGUCAUAUUCGAGCUGAGACGAAUCGCCUUUGAUGCUGAGUCUGAUGGCAACACUAUGCCGGGGAGCGGGACAGAGAAGCGCAAAGCCAUGUACACCAAGGACUACAAGAUGCUGGGAUUCACUAAUCACAUCAAUCCAGCCAUGGAUUUUACCCAGACUCCCCCUGGGAUGCUGGCUUUGGACAACAUGCUCUACUUGGCCAAAUUCCACCAGGACACCUAUGUCAGGAUUGUCCUAGAGAACAGCAGUCGGGAAGACAAGCAUGAGUGCCCGUUCGGACGCAGUGCCAUCGAGCUCACCAAGAUGCUGUGCGAAAUCCUGCAAGUCGGAGAGCUCCCCAACGAGGGCCGGAAUGACUACCACCCCAUGUUCUUCACCCAUGACCGAGCAUUCGAGGAGCUCUUUGCUAUCUGCAUCCAGCUGCUGAACAAGACCUGGAAGGAGAUGAGAGCAACGGCGGAGGAUUUCAACAAGGUGAUGCAGGUCGUACGUGAGCAGAUCACCCGAGCCCUGCCCUCCAAACCCAACUCACUAGACCAGUUCAAGAGCAAGCUGCGCAGCCUGAGCUACUCGGAGAUCUUGCGGCUGCGCCAGUCGGAGAGGAUGAGCCAAGAUGACUUCCAGUCACCGCCCAUUGUGGAGCUGAGAGAGAAAAUCCAGCCUGAGAUCCUGGAGCUGAUCAAACAGCAGCGUCUGAACCGGCUCUGCGAGGGAAGCAGCUUCCGGAAAAUUGGGAAUCGCAGGAGACAAGAGAGGUUCUGGUACUGUCGUCUGGCUCUCAACCACAAGGUCCUGCACUACGGAGACCUGGACGACAAUGCCCAGGGCGAAGUGACCUUCGAGUCUCUGCAGGAGAAGAUCCCUAUAGCAGACAUCAAGGCCAUAGUGACGGGGAAGGACUGCCCGCACAUGAAGGAGAAAAGUGCAUUGAAGCAGAACAAGGAAGUGUUGGAAUUGGCCUUCUCAAUACUGUAUGAUCCUGACGAGACGCUGAACUUCAUUGCACCUAAUAAGUAUGAGUACUGCAUCUGGAUCGAUGGGCUCAGCGCCCUGCUGGGGAAGGACAUGUCCAGUGAGCUAACCAAGAGCGACCUGGACACACUGCUGAGCAUGGAAAUGAAGCUGAGACUCUUGGACCUGGAAAAUAUCCAGAUCCCGGAGGCCCCGCCACCCAUCCCCAAGGAGCCCAGCAGCUACGACUUUGUCUAUCACUAUGGCUGACACAGGCUGCACUGGCCAAGGGGGGACAGCUGCUCCAGAAGAGCCUCGGAGCCCCGGGGAUUGUUUUGGGGGCUCCUUUGUACAGAACCAGCUCUGAACAUGGCACCGUGUCUCUCCAUGACCAGCCUUUCCAGUAGGCGUGCAGCUGCUUAUUUACACCCUGCCUUACGGGUGAGAGCCAGAAGGGGAGGCACCCCAUUCCCUCAGCAGCAACACUGCAUGGGCCUGGGGCAGGAAUUUGCCGAGCAAGAGGAGGAGCCCUGGCCCCUUGAGUCACAGAACUGUUUCUCCUACCAGAAAACUUAACACAACUACUGGGUGCCCGACAGCUGCUGCAGCAGAAAAUGUACAAAGAGGGAGUCACUACAGGAGUGACACUGGUAUCUGAGGAGCAGACGCCCAUGAACAGCCGGGGCAUCAGCAUCCCCAUUAACUGAUUACUGUAUGAUUCUGUAUGAAUGACCAUCAUAUCAAUAAUAACCCUUCCCACACC